UUCCGCCACGUGGUAUUGCUUCCAAACUCCCGCCCGGAACUACAACAUUGUUUUUGCGCCAGCUGCAGCACCGCGAGCAAACAAAUACACUCGUUUUAUCCUCGGCAUUUUCUCCUCCGUCAUGGCAGGGACAGACACAGCGGACUUGCACCUUGACGACUUCUUUGAAAACGAGGAGGAACUGGAGCAUGCUUUGUGCGUACUGGCAGGAAGCGACUCCGAAAACUGUUCUUAUCCCCGCGGCUACGUGAAGAGGCAGGCGGUGUUUGCUUGCAACACGUGCACGCCCAAUGCAUCGCAGCCUGCUGGCAUUUGCCUGGCGUGUGCCAACAAAUGUCACGAUGGGCAUGACAUCUUCGAAUUGUACACCAAAAGAAAUUUUCGAUGUGAUUGUGGAAAUGGCAAAUUUGGGGAUUUCCAGUGUCAGCUCAUUCCGAUCAAAGAUGAGGAAAACGCAAAAAACCUUUACAAUCACAACUUCUUCGGCCGCUACUGCUCGUGCGACCGGCCAUUUCCUGACCAGGACGAUAAGGUCAAUGAUGAGAUGAUUCAGUGCGUCAUCUGCGAGGAUUGGUUUCAUACCAGGCAUUUGCAAUGCGAAGUGGCGGAGAUGGAUGAGAUGGUAUGCGAGGACUGCAUGAACAAGGCUCCUUUUCUGUGGACAUACGCUGCUCACCAUUCAGCCGAGAUGCAGGAGGGUGAAAAUGGGAACGUAGAAGAAAAUGAGGAGAUUUUGGAGUCGAGUGAAAUGAGACAUGAAGAACCUUCCACCAGUCUUGAGCAGAAGGAAAAGGAGCAGGAGGGAGCGCCGACCAGGAGCUUUCCUUGUAAGCGGAGCCACGAUGACAUGAUAGACUCUCCCGACGAGAUCAAAACGGUGGCUUGCAAGCUGAAGUAUUUUCAGACGCUGCAUGUGUCGACGCCUCGAAAGGGGGCGGUGUUCUGGCCUUCCAAGUGGCGCGCACUGCUGUGCACCUGCACGAGCUGCAAGAGGGCUUAUGUAGCCUCACAUGUCCACUUCCUCAUGGACCGGUCUGAUUCGGUUCUGGCUUACGAGAGACGAGGCCUGAAUGAGCCGUUUGGGAAGCACCCGCUGAUGACGCUGACCAGUUCAAUGAACCGAGUCCAGCAGCUCGAGUUCAUUUAUGGUUGUAAUGAGAUGGCGACUGCAAUAACUGCAUUAUUUGACAAAUGUGCAGCAGAAAAAAAGGUAGUCACCACGGAAGCAGUGUAUGAGCUUUUCGAGGAGCUGCAGGCCAAAAAACAGCGCAGGACCAACACGGGCUACGAGUGACCGAAGCCGGGCCAUGCCGCAGUCCUGCGGUGGCGCUAAUGAAAACUGUGAAUGUGUUUCUUUUUCCCUUUGGUGGGGAAAAAAGUGUUUAUGCUGCAAUCAUUCUAGAAAAGAUAGUGCAAAUGUUGGAAGCACACUUGUUUCUGUUCAAGAUGCCUCAACUUUGAAGUUAGUUUUGACUGCGCAUGUGUGUUUGUGACCUGUUUUGUAUCAGCCUUGGAAAAAGUCUGUUAAAGACGUGCUGCUAAGUGUUUGUAUGAGGUAAGUUGUCUUGUCGGCAAUUUAAUAAAGAAAAGUUAAACAUUCACCGGUGAGAGUCAUGGGUUCACUGGGGGGGAAAAGAAAAAAAAAACCUGACAAGUUCAUUUCAUAAUAUCAAACCAGUUUAUUUUUCAGGACCACUGUUGCACACCUUUUGAGGCGCCAGUAGAAAAAUAGAUUCACUGAAACUAAAUGCAACAUAAUUAGUCUACAAACAUCAAUUGCUAAGAUCUCAUACAAGUACAAUGUACCUGUGAGGAUCCAACACAACGUUUCGGAUGAUUCAACUACAAAAAAAAAAGACAACCAAAGAUGCUAAAUAACAUCUAUGUACACAAAAGGGAGCUACAACUAUCUGAUGCAGGCUGGUAAGCUGGUAGAAAAGAGCUUGCAUAGACAUCAAGGUCUCCAAUAAAAACCCAACUGCAGGCAGGGAAGGCACUGACCUCUCUACGGCAAAGAGUAAAACAACCACUUUUAGUCAACGGAACGUCCUCUUGGAAUAGUGAACUACAACACAUGUAUAGCGAGGAAUCAAGAAAAGUUUAGUGUUUCACCCCCCGCCUCAGAUGACAAAAAAGGUGAUUUAUUCUGCAUUGGCAAUCUUCAGAUUCACGCAAAAAAAAAAAAAAAGGAUAAUUUACACCACCGACAAUAGUAAGCAAAUU